AUGAAUAUAAUAAAUAAAGCUACAUUUGGAGGUGGGUGCUUUUGGUGUAUUGAAGCUAUCUACAGAAGAAUUUAAGGAGUAACUGAAGUAUACUCUGGAUAUAGUGGAGGUGUAUAAAAAAAUACUGCAAAUUAUAAAGAUGUAUGCAAAGGGAAUACUGGUCAUGCUGAAGUUGUUCAAGUUAUUUUCGAAUAAAAUAAGGUUGAUUUUAAGGAUUUAAUUUAUAUUUUCUUUGCUUCACAUGAUCCUACUACUUUAAAUAGAUAAGGUGAUGAUGAAGGUGAACAAUAUCGUUCAGUUAUUUUUUAUCAUAGUGAAUAACAAAAGGCAAUAGUUGAGGAUGUUAUAAAGGAAUUACAAAAAGAAUAUAAGAACCCUAUUGUGACUUAGAUAGUUUAAUUUUAAGAAUUUUAUAAAGCUGAAGAUUAUCAUUAAGGAUAUUAUGAUAGCAACUAAAAUGAAGGAUAUUGUAGAGUAGUAAUAUNGAUUCUCUUAAACCUCCUAAAAUAGAUGUUUUUAAUAAAGAUAGUAUAGAUAGAAUAAGAAAAAUAUCUUAAGAAUUAAAUUAAAAUCAAUAAAAACCUAAAAAAUAUUAUUAAUAAGGAGAUAUGAAAUAUUAUGCACUUGCUGAAUAUAUUUCUACACAUCGUUCUGGUUCAUUGAACGAUUUAAGAAUAAAUUUUGAUCCUAUUGUAAACACUUAAAUAAAAUUAUAAACAGAAAAUUCGUAAUAUUUAAGUCCAACAAAACAUUUCAAAAGGUAAUCUACAAUAAGUGCUAUUGAAAAAGGAGCCAAUCUUAUUAUGGCCUUUUAGAAUUAAACACCUAUUAAUGAAGAAUUAGAUACAAAGUCAUCUUAUUAAAAUAAUGAAGUUGCAUCUUAACUUUUAAGAUUUAAUCAUCAUAAAUUAGAAUUGGCUGAAGAGUUCAAUUCAACAUAAUAUUUAUUUACUCCAUCUAGUGCUCAUACAAGAUAAGUAAGUCAAAUUGAUUAAAACGAUGAAGCAGUUAAGUGUUUUGUAUAAUAAUUUUAUGAUAAACAAUAUAAUGAUAAAGUUAUUCCUUCGACAAAAAGGAAUCUAAGAUUGAGAACCAUAGGAAAUAAUGAAAUUCAAAAAUAGGAACCAUCAAAAUAAAUAAAAAAAAAAGUAGAAAAAAGAUUAAGUAUGUGA